AUGUCGCAGACAAUUACAGCUUUGGACCCAAACUGUGUUAUCGUGUUCAAUAGGACUUCCAGUGCGAGCGAAAAAAGUUUACGUGUGGAAUUCAAACGUUUACAUAUUCAUUCGAUUAUUGAACCUGGCCAUGACUUGAAGACGAGUUAUGCGUUCAUUAGAAUCCAUCAAGAUAAUGCAAAGCUGCUGUUCUCAUUUUUGCAAAACUUGGACUUCAUUGAAUCCAUCAUACCAUACCAUGAUGCAGAACUGUCCGAUGAUUUGCAGAAAGUGGUUUCUAAAAGUAAAACAAAAAUUUUGGAGACUCCAAAACAGUACGAGCUGUAUAACUUAUCGAACUUGACCAAUAAUCCCAAGCAAUCCCUAUAUUUUGCAUUUUUACAAAACUAUAUAAAAUGGUUGAUUCCAUUCUCCUUUUUCGGAUUAUCGAUUAGAUUCUUAUCAAAUUUCGCAUAUGAGUUCAACUCCACGUACUCGCUAUUUACCAUUUUAUGGACUCUGUCAUUUGCAACCUUUUGGCUUUACAAGUAUGAACCAUUUUGGUCCGAUAGAUUGAGCAAAUAUUCCUCAUUCUCCACCGUUGAAUUUCUUCAUGAUAAACGAAAAUCUCAGAAAAAUGCUGCCUCAAUUAUCAUGCUGAAAAAAUGCUCUUUUAUUCCAGUGGCUUUGUUCUUUAGUUUCGUACUGUUAUCAUUCCAGUUAUAUUGUUUUGCAUUGGAAAUUUUUAUCAAGCAAAUCUACAAUGGUCCAAUGGUAUCUGUUUUGUCAUUCUUACCCACCGUACUAAUUUGCACGUUUACUCCAGUUCUAACAAUAGUUUACAAUAAAUAUUUUGUGGAGCCUAUGACAAAGUGGGAAAAUCACAACAGCGUUAUAAGUGCAAAGAAAUCUAAGGAGGCUAAAAAUUUUGUCAUUAUCUUUUUAUCCAGUUAUGUCCCGUUAUUGAUUACUCUUUUUCUCUAUCUGCCAAUGGGACAUCUGCUAACGGCUGAAAUAAGAGCCAAGGCUUUCAAUGCCUUCUCGGUCUUAGCCCGUUUACCUACCCACGAUUCAGAUUUUGUUAUUGAUACGAGGCGCUACAAAGAUCAAUUUUUUUACUUUAUUGUCAUCAACCAGGUAAUUCAAUUCAGCAUGGAAAAUUUUGUUCCAAGCCUUAUCAACAUUGCCCAGCAAAAAAUCAAAGGACCAAAUCCUGAGUUUGUUAAAGCCAAGAAUAUGAUCAGUGAAGACCAACUUAAUUCAUCAGAUAUGGAAAUUUGGUCAAAGGUCAAAUCAUAUGAGACAGAUCCAUGGGGAGCCACGUUCGAUUUGGAUGCGAAUUUUAAAAAGCUUCUAUUGCAAUUCGGUUAUCUUGUUAUGUUUUCUACCAUUUGGCCGCUGGCUCCGUUCAUCUGUUUAAUAGUCAAUUUGAUAGUUUAUCAAGUCGAUCUUAGAAAGGCUGUUCUUCACAGUAAGCCGGAGUAUUUCGCAUUCCCAAUCUACGAGAAGCCGUCCUCUGCUUCUGUUACCAAAAGAUUGACGGUUGGUCUAUGGAAUUCUGUCCUGGUUAUUUUCGCGAUCUUAGGUUCUGUCAUCACCGCCACUUUGACCUAUAUGUACCAGAACUGUAACUUACCAAACGUCGGCGUCCAUAAUUCUAUUUAUAUGAAUAAGCUUUGGUUCCUGGCAAAUCCAAUAAACCACUCAUGGAUUAGUAUUGUAUUAUAUGCCGUUUUUAUUGAACAUGUCAGCGUUGCUGUUUUUUUCCUCUUCUCGAAUAUUUUGAAAUCAUCUCGUGAUGAUAUUCCAAGCGGUAUUGUGCCAACGGAUGUAACAAAUGUGGAACAAACAUCAAAACAAAAAGCUUUUGAAAAAAUCCCCGCUACUAAUUUCAUCUCUAAUAACGAGCAUGAACUGAUUCAAAGAAAAAGGUCUACCAAGGAUACACUACCCCAUGAAAUCAAUGAGAAGUCACCUACUUCUAUCGCCAAUGGUGUUGAAACGCAAGACAUCACACAAUCCAAAACUGAACCAUUAUCCUCUUCCCCAGCCUCGCAGAAACCAUCGUCAUUCUCUUCUUCAGGUGCCGGAGACAGUGAGAUCGACUCCGUCGACAACAACGUUGCCGAAUGCACCGGAGAAAAGCCAGUGGCCACAGAGAUGAAUGAUAAAAGAAACUCUUUGAUUAAAGUGGUCACUGCCGGAUCAUAUGGGGUUGCAGGUGCCACUCUACCUGAAACAAUUCCAACUUCCAAGAACUACUACCAAAGAUUCGACGAAGAUGGUAAGUCCACCAGAGACGUGAAAUCCAGUGCAGACGCUUCGGGCGUCGCCGAUAUCAGUACUGCAGACGCUGGAAGCAAAUCUUUGACGAAUAGCAACCCUCCCGACGCACUCAACGGAAAAAUUGACCAAAUACCCAAGAUUGCUGUUACAGGUGGUAAAGACAACGGCAACACUAAGGUCCAAAACGACGCUGCCCCCAAGAAUCCAGUAAACAAAGAUGCCAACAUCAAGCCUGUCAUCAAUGCAGGCGCUAAUGAUGUUCAAUCGAAAGUUUCAGCGGCUACAGGGCAAGCAAAGACUGAAAUAAGUAAUAAAAACGGCCCAGCAAGAUCAAUUUCCACGAAGGAAACGAAAGAAUCUGCAAGAUCGUCGAAUAAAAAUAAUAGUACUGAUGCAACCCAACACCAACACCACCACCAUCAUCAUCAUCGCCGUGAUGCAGGAGUGAAGAAUGUCACGAACAAUUCCAAGGCAACCGAAUCUUCUUCCUCUUCAUCAACAACGAAAGAAAAACCAAAACAUAAAAAGGGGCUAUUGCAUAAGUUGAAGAAAAGGCUGUAA